AUGACGAAAACCAAGCCUCUUGCUCACAAACCCCAACCUGUUGCUACUCAAAACUCUUGGGCAGAUCGAGUUAGAGUUUCUGACUCUAGUACUCGUUUCACUCUAGAGCCUCUACCAAGACAACCAUUAGGUCACAGCCUUAAAAUAACAGAAGAUAUGCUCACAGAGAAUUCUACUCAAUGGAAUCGAUGCAUGAUCGGCUUCUUUCCAGGCUUUCGAAUGCCAUUCCAUGCUGUUAAUUCUAUUGCCUCUAGGGCGUGGCGCCAAUAUGGCCUAGAAACUGUGAUGACAACUGCCAAUGGCUUCAUGAUCUUCCGCUUUAACACUGAAGAAGAAAUGCAUGCUGUACUAGAGAAGGGGCCAUGGAUGUUUGGAGGCAAAAACAUCAUCCUUCAGCAAUGGCAUCCACGAUUUCAGUUUGAUAAAAACAAAAUUGCCACUCUUCCAGUGUGGGUUCGGCUUCAUGGUUUGCCCUUUCCCCUAUGGUCCAAGCAAGGGCUCAGUUUGGCAGCAAGUAUGGUUGGCAGACCGCUAUCCUGUGAUGAGCUUACAUAUAGUUGCACUCGCUUAGAGUAUGCCAGACUCUGUGUUGAAGUUGAUGCUGCCUUACCUUUUAUUCACAGUUUUGAGAUUGACAGUCCACUCUCAACUACACCAAUUACUGUUACAGUCGAUUAUGAGUGGAAACCCCCCAGCUGUGACAAAUGUAAAGUCUUCGGUCAUUCCUGUUCCACUAAACAACCAACUGCUAUGGACACAGGCAAGGCACAUGCUACUUCGGCAGUGCCAGCUCCCCCACAAUCAGCUGCUCAUCCUACAGCUAUUGCACAUACUGCUUUGGAUAAAGGCAAAUCACAUAUUGAAUUGCAGCACAUUGUUAAGCGACAUGAUGCACCCACUGCUCAUUCAGAUGCACUUCUACCAUCAACAAGUGUCCCAGUUGCACCUCCACCAUCAGCUGAGACAAGACAACCUUUACCCAUCCAACAAGAUAAGCCGAUCCCUACUUUGCCUAUGCCUAUUGCAGAGCCGGUAGACCAACAAGAUCAUGAUGAUAGUGAUUCCAGUCAGGACUCAGGUAAUGACUUUCUUGGUUUUCUUGGCAUUCAGCAACAUCACCUCAAUGAUCAGCAUGCUAAUCUUUGUUUAGAAAGUAAAAUGGACUCCUUACGGACUAUCAGUGACACUUCCUCUGCUGUUCAAGAGGUAUCGGCUGAGGCCUCUAUCCCACAACAUACUCCUGUUCAGUCCCCAACCCCAUCUCCAACCACUGUCAGGAAAAAGAAAGGGGUUCCCACCCGCAUCACCUUUAUAUAUGGCUUCAAUACUCCAGCUGAAAGGUUAGCCCUCUGGCACUACAUUACCCAGGAAUCAUCCUCUGGUAUUCCAUGGAUUGUGAUGGGGGAUUUUAAUGCAAUAUUGCAAGCAGCAGACAGGAUAGGGGGAGAUACUAGAUGGCCUAGUCAUCUUGAUGCCUUCAACAAUUGUAUCAGACAGUCUGAACUCCUUCACAUUCCAUACACUGGCCUAAAAUAUUCGUGGCACAAUGGUCAACAUGGCUGCAAUACUAUUCAGAAAAAACUUGACUGGAUCUUUGGUAAUCAAUACUUGCUCUCAAAAUGGCCUGCAGCUCAUGCCACUUUUCAGCCGCGUUGCAUUUCUGAUCAUAGUGCCAUGAUAUUGCACCUCUGCAUUCCACCUCAGAGGAGGUGUGUUCCAUUUAAAUUCUUGAAUAUUUGGGCAGAUAGGGAUGACUUUAUGGAUGUUGUUGGUUCCUCUUGGCACAUACCAGUCAGUGGUAACCCCAUGUAUCAGUUCACUACUAAACUUCGUCGGCUGAAGUCAGUGUUUAGGACACUCCAUCAUCAUCAUACAAGUGACAUCACAGGUAGAGUAGCCAGUGCUAGGGAGGCAUGGUUUGCAGCUCAACAUUUUCUAGAUGAACACCCUACAUCUGUGGAAGCUCAGCAAAGUGAAAGAUUUCUCGCCAGUCGUUACAUGCAGCUAUGUAAGGAUGAGGAAUCCUACUUCAAGCAAAGGUCACGAAUCCAAUGGCUACAACUUGGAGAUAAGAACACAGCAUUCUUUCAUAAAUCCUUGCUUCAUCGCCAAACAAGAAACAGAAUCCAUAUGCUGCAGGAUGAGUCGGGAAAUAACAUCAUUGAUGAACAGGAAAUUGGGCAACUAGCAACGUCAUACUAUGAGCAACUUCUUUCACCCACUCCUUCUCCAUUGGCAGAAGAUAUUACGAGUCUAUAUCCAACGACCAUCUCAGACACAUCAAGAUGCAUGGCCAACCUUCCUAUCACCAAUGAUGAUAUUAAAAAUGCUUUGUUUUCUAUUCCUGACAGCAAGUCUCCGGGUCCGGAUGGAUAUAAUGCUCUCUUUUUCAAGAAGAGCUGGCCUCUCAUUGGGGUUGAUUUCAUUGCUGCGGUCAGGUAUUUCUUCUCACACAACUCACUGCCUCGCUGUGUCAAUGCUACCAGAGUAGCACUUGUUCCAAAGAUAGAGAAUCCUUCCUGUCUAAAUGAUUACAGGCCCAUCUCUUGCUGUAACGUGCUAUACAAAUGUAUCUCCAAGCUCAUUGUUCACAGGUUGAAAACAGCUUUGGUAGAUGUCAUUGGUCCGUCUCAAACAGCUUUUCUCCCAUGCCGGCAUAUCUCAGAUGCCAUCCUCCUGACACAAGAGCUCCUACACAACUACCACCUCAACAAUGGUCCAGCACGGUGUGCUUUAAAAAUCGAUCUCAAGAAGGCAUUCGAUACAGUCAGUUGGGAAUUCAUAUUAGCUGGACUUGCAGCUAUUGCUAUCCCUCCAGCCAUGAUAACUUGGAUUACAACCUGUAUCACCACUGCACAUUACUCUAUCAGUAUUAAUGGGGAGUCGCAUGGCUUCUUCAAAGCAUCCAGGGGCAUUCGGCAGGGAGAUCCUCUUUCUCCAUAUCUAUUUGUGCUGGCCAUGGCCGGUCUAGGAGGGAUCAUUCAACAAACAAUUCAGCAAUCCACAUUUAAGUAUCACUGGCGGUGUAAGCCAACUGGUAUAACUCAUAUUUGUUUUGCAGAUGACCUUAUGCUCUUCUGUCAUGCUGAUCUAGCAUCCAUCGGCGUGCUCAAGUCCAGCUUAGACAAAUUCUCACUGCUUUCAGGUCUUUCCAUUAAUCUUGCCAAAAGCUCCCUGUAUUUGUCUGGCAUUGAUGAUACCCUGCAAAGCAACAUUCAACGACAAAUAGGAAUACAACAACAGCACCUUCCAGUGCGGUAUCUUGGAGUGCCACUUAUUUCUACACGCCUAACUCACACGGAUUGCAUCCCCCUAGUAGAGCGAAUCACUUCACGGAUCAAACUUUGGACCUCCUCUUCGCUCACAUAUGCUGGUCGCCUCCAACUUAUAAAAGCUGUCCUCUUCUCUAUCCAGGUGUACUGGUCAUCCAUCUUCAUCUUGCCAUGCUCAACCAUAAAGACAAUUGAAAGGAUUCUUUCUGCUUUCUUAUGGAAGGGUACUUCUUUAUCUACUUCGGGUGCAAAGGUGGCCUGGACAUCCGUAUGUUACCCUGUUCAGGAAGGUGGGCUAGGCAUCAAAAGGCUUGCAACUUGGAACAAGGCUGCUACAUUAAAGCAUAUUUGGCAUCUGCUCACCAGCAAAACUUCUAUAUGGACAACAUGGGUUCACGCAGUAUUGCUCCGCAAUCGUUCAUUCUGGCAUAUCAAUACUUCUAACCCAUCGUGGUCAUGGAGGAAGAUCUUACAAAGUCAGGGUUGGUGCAGGGGUUGGUUCCUAACAGGAAUAGGGAAUGGCUCCUUAACAUCACUAUGGUAUGAUUACUGGCUGCCUCACGGGAAGAGAUUAAUUGAUGACUUCUCAUUAAGGACUCUCACGGCAACAGGCUUGCCUUGGACAGCUAGAGUGUCUGAUAUCAUCAACAACGAACAAUGGCAAUUUCCUCCAAGCUCAUCAGAACUGCAAGCAACAUGGGAUUCCAUUCGGUUCCUACCUUGUCCAUCAUCACCAGACGUCUGCACAUGGAAGGGGCACCCAUCAGGAGAAUUUUCUAUAGCCUCUGCAUGGGAACUUCUUCGUGAUGUUAGACCUGUUACAAGCAUACACCACCUCCUGUGGUUUAGAGGUCACAUUCCUAGUCACUCAUUCAUCCUAUGGCUUGCAUGUAGGGGCCGGUUACGCACUAUGGACAGACUGCACUCUGUGGGCAUACUCACAAACAACAUUUGCAUAUUAUGUGGCAUCAAUGUGGAAUCACAUGAGCACUUAUUCUUUGAAUGCAACUUCACUGGUACGCGGAAUAACAUUAUCAGCAUGAUUGCACGUCUCUUGCUGUCAACUUCAGUUUACAUCUUGUGGCAUGAAAGAAACAAUCGCAUAUUCAGUAACAGUUACAAGACGGCUCAAGCCAUAGUUGAGGAGAUUUUUCAGCUACUACGAACACACAUAACAAACAUGGAGCAUACAUGCAGGAUCCCUUAUUUCAUAUGCACUGUAUGGGACUUGCAG